UCCAAUCUACACCCCAAUUUUCCCACGCGAUACUUCCAAACUCUGCAAAAUAUAGAACUCUCCUACAUACAAAAACAUCAGCCAUGUCUGCAACUGAUAUUGUCACCAUUCCAGCCAGUGCUAAUUAUGUCACUUUCGAUGAUCUUCGUCUGGGUCGCUCAACACAACAAAUUGUCGGCAGACUUUUACGUUAUUGGGACGCUCGCAACAUCAAAAAGAAUGGAGAAUUCAUGGGGAUUGUCCUCCUUAUCCUAGAUGAGAAGGGAUUCAUCCCAGCUGGACGUGCUGAUCAAUUCCGCCCACUAUUAAGAGAGGAUGCAGUUUUCAACAUAGGAAUAUUUGAAGUAGGAAGGUGCACUAACCUUUACAAGAUCACAGAUCAUCCGUUUGUUAUCCGUUUCCUUCCUGCGACAACCAUUGUUGAAAUACAUCAUGUUAGCCCAACCAUAAAGCAUGAGAGAUUCAUGAUCCGCAACAUCGACCAUCUCCAAGCUUUAGCCAACACUAACCUCGAACUUCCUGACGUGGUAGGCCAGAUCCAGUUUGUUCAAGGGUCAAACCUUGAUGAUCCAACUUCCACACAACGCUUGGUGGUUUGUUUCCGUGUUGAUACAUCUGUUGUUGUUUACCUCUCUCUCUGGGACGAUGCUGCUGCAACCUUUUGGGCACACCUGACCACUGGUGACACAAUGCAUUCAGUAAUGGUGGUUACUACCAUUAAUCCUAAGCUGUUUGGAGGUAAUCUAUACCUGAAUUCGACACCUGCCACCAUAUUCUAUUUCGAUAGUAACAUCCAUGCAAUCCAACAAUUGACCACAAGGAUGGGAAUACAAGCCAUUGAACCAUUUGUGCAAACAGAAACAAAGAACGGUAUUAGAAAGAAGGAGUCUGUUUCAAUUGCAGAACUCCAUGACUUUAUCUCCAAAUCUAAUGAGCAGACACAGGAAGCUGACUUUGUGUGCAAAGCACGUGUAGUAGGUGUACUUCAAAGAAAUGGUUGGUCCUAUAUUUCAUGUGCUGCAUGUAGCCGGAAACUAAGCAGAAGUGGGACGGACCUUAAGUGCAACAAAUGCGUGUCACAGAAGGUGACAGGCGUUCCAAGAUACCGAGUUGAACUAGCUGUUGAUGAUGGGGAAGAUAGUGCAACGUUUCUCGUGUUUGACUCUGAGAUGAUCAAAAUUACAAACAAACCUGCAUCUACCCUCAUUCUCGAACAGAUAUGUAUUCCAAAACGAGAGUUGCAUCUUCCCCAUAUUAGAAGAGUCCAGUACAGACAUCCUAAGAAUAAAAGUGCUGAUGGAGCUAACGGAAAUGAACUGCCUGCCUGUCUUCAAGCAAUGGCGGACAAGCAUUUCAUUUUCCAAAUAAGAGUCACCCCCUACAACUUUACUCCGACGCAUCGCACAUUCACAGUCUCUACAAUGACUCAUGACACCAUAUUUGGUGAUGGAGAUGAUCAUAUUCUGCAAACCAAAAUGACACCAGGAAAAGGGCACAAACACAGAGGGCGGAAGUCCACAGGACGUACC